AUGUUUGAUCAACUACCAGAUGUUCAAUUGCCUUCCGACAAGACAGCUAAAGACCAACCCAGCGAUCUAGGAGGCCUUAGCCUCAAGUUCCUGAACAAUCUUAAAACCCGCUUCGGUGAGCAAUCACCUCAAUCACUUAACGUACACGAGACACUCGGUGCCUUCAAAAGAGGCGAACUCGGCAAGCGAGAAGUGCACAAGGCUAUACUCGAUACUCUCGAAGGUCACGACGAUCUCAGGCAAGGGUUGAUGGAUAUCCUCCUCCACCCAGAGGCUAAGUGGACCCCUGGCGACUUCCAUCUACCCAACGAGCAGCAAAUGCGACCGAUCCUGGAGCCAACCCCUCAGUUUCUUCAGCCUACACAUCAACUGCAGAUGCGGCUACCGUCUUUUUCGUCGAGAUGGUUCCCACUUCCUCAGGUCGAUCGAACAGCUAGUUUGGGCAUGUUUGGUGUUUGUAACGGCCACAGCAACGGAGACUCACCACCCACGUUACCAGUACUUGCUCAUUCCCAGCUACCGGAAACGGUUUCCAAUCUUUGGACGGAUCAUAGUGUCGAGGCCAUGCACACGAUUAUUGGUCAUGACGAGGUAAUGCCUCCUCCUAUCCGCACGGCGUUCCGCAAUCCUUGGGAAGAUUCGAGCUAUAAUGAAGAUUGGGCAAACGACGGACUCAACUUUUUAGCAGACGUCACAUAUAUUGACGAGCACUACACCGAAAACAUGAAGUCACCAUUGAUGCACCUGCAAGAAGCUGAGUUCAGCUUCAAACCGUCUUAUUCCAAGCAAGAGCCCCCUCAACAUCUGCACAGUCCAUGGCUCACCUACGAUCUUUUACCACCACCAACAGAUCACUACCUUAGUCGAUCUGUUCCAGAAGAGCAACAUACUGGAAACAAUCAUGUACCCCCGACCUCAGUCUCCGUAUCACCACCAAGCGCACAGAAAACAGAAGAAUACACGGAAGAAUUCGGAGAAGAUAUCAUGAGAGACCGAAGUCAAUCACUAGGAGGACCCUUCAUUCAUGCCCUCUGCGGCAAGGGCUUUGCAGCUCCGUCCAGGGUGAAGAAGCACCAUUGGGGCAAGAAACACAAUAACCUUGCCACAACGACAGGCUGCUGGGCUAAACACAAGAAACCAGAUGUUGCCUGGGAUGACCAUCCAAGCUGUCAGGAUGGGCGGUCGACGUCAGAGACAACGAAGCUCGUCGCACUAUCGUUUUCUAGGCGAAUCAGAUCUAAGGCGGCAAUACCAGAGCCCAAGACUCCAGCAGCUCUUGAUACGUCCCAGCAAAACACGAUCCCCGGGUUCCCCACACUGGAUUAUCUGCCGCACACAGUCGCCAGAGCUUUGAACACAGGCACUGCGACCGUUCACAGCCCACAAGAAUUGGAGCCAGGUUGCCAUGCUCAGAUUUCACCUCGCAGCAGCUUCGAUGGCCCGCUGACAGUGGUAAAUGUGGUUUCCCAGAUCGAUGCACCACAGCCUCAAAGUCGGACAAACUCCAUAGCCCUACACUUGGAUGCCCAAGUUGCCGCGACUGAACGACAUGCGCAGCACACGAUCUUUGUGCCGUUCAAAGCUCUUACAAGCAGUUCCGACCCACGUUUCGUAUGUCCUGUGGUGCCAACUGUGUUGGAUACGAUUACUCCCAGCAUGGAGGUUCCCUCGACACCUGGCAUGGGAUCUCGCUUGAAGCACGAAAGCGACCGACGUUCAUCGGUACGUUCGUCCGAUGUCGAGGAGUUCCAUACAGCCGCAGCUUGUUCGUGGCCCUUCGAGCCCACUGGAACUCACUCAUCAGGUCCGACAAGGAAGAAGCGCAAAGUCUAG